UUUACUGCUCUGCUGACUGUGGGAAGUGAGCGUCUCUUUUCACUUGUGGCUUUUAAGUGUCCCUGCAGCACUGUGAAUAUGGUCUGUGGGGUGAUUUUCCUUUUGACUCCUGCCUGGUUGUUACUGAUCCUUGGAUUCUUUGUGAACAAAAGGUCGUGGAAACUCUUCACAUGCUGCUGUGUGAAUCCCAAGAAAAUGUUCCCCAGAGGCCACAACCACCACUUCUCCUAUGUCCUUGGCCAGAUCAUUCUGGGUUCACUGGUGGCUCCAACGAUGUGGCUUUCUGUGGCUUUGCUCAAUGGGACGUUUUAUGAAUGUGCCAUGAGUGGGACAAAGAGUGAAAGACUCCUGGAGUUGAUCUGCAAGGGGAAGCCCAAAGAGUGCUGGGAAGAACUAAACAAAGUAUCUUGUGGUAAAACCAGCAUGACAACCACGGACAAUGAAGAACUGAAACUGGCCUUGCAAGCCCAGUCUCAGCUUCUAGGAUGGUUCCUGAUUUGUCCAGCAUCUUUCUUAUUUCUGCUCCUCACUUGUCCUCAUUGUUGGUGUUAAGUAAGCUACCUUCAACUGAACUUUUGGAAGCUGUCUCAACAGAAGGAGAGGGAGGAGUUGGAAAGUACAUUUGUGAACUAUGCCGUCAAUCUGAGUGACAGAAACCUGGAGUCCUUUUUUGAAAGCAAGAAACCAAAUGUCUCCUACCCGCCUACUUUCGCAGCCUGGGAAGCUGCUUCACAGCUGCAUUCUUUCUACCAAGGCCCACAGUACUACAGCACCCUCCAUAAGGUGGUAGAAGACGGGCUGGACCAUCACCCAGAGGAUGAUGAGACCACUAUGGUUCUUGUGGGCAGUGCCCACAGUGUGUAGCUUGCCCGCCAGAUGUCACCUGCAUGACUCAGUGCAUCCAGGGAGACUCCCAUUCUGACAUCUGCCUACUGCAUCAACAGCAACCUGUGCAUCUCUGGGUUUUCCACAUGUAGCUUUCUUAUAGGACAAUAAACAAAGAGAGCAGCUUUGUAACUCCCAUGCUCAGACAGUGCCAGGAUGUGCUUAAAGAUACCACGUCAUGGGUUAGGGAUGGGCCAAAGGUGCUCUUCCCUCUUUGGGGGUGGGGGUCAGCCCCUUGAAUUCUAUGAUUUUGUGA